UCCAUGUAGAUACAGUGAUCUAGUACCGCUGUUUGGAAGGUCUGUUCCAGAACUCAGCAUGAUCAUGAAUACCGUUGUUGAUUACAUUUUUGAGAGGCAUGGGGACAAAAUAACCAGCUGGAAUCACCAGUUGCUCAGCCCAGAAAAUCUGAAGAUUUAUGCUGAAACCAUCCAUCAAAAAGGAGCAGCUCUUGAUAAUUGCUUUGGUUUCAUUGAUGGGACAGUAAGGCAGAUUUGUAGACCAGGUGAAAUGCAACGAAUAGUGUACAAUGGUCACAAGAGGGUCCAUGCUCUUAAGUUCCAAUCAGUUACACUUCCAAAUGGAAUAAUUGCAAACAUGUUUGGACCAAUAGAAGGAAGAAGGCAUGAUUCUGCCAUGCUGGCUGAGUCAGGACUUCUGAAUGACCUUGAAGAGUUUGCUCAUUGGAAUGGAAAACCCAUGUGCUUAUAUGGAGAUCCCGCAUAUCCUCUGCGCAUUCAUUUGCAAGCACCAUACCGAAACCUACCACUAACCAUGCCAAUGGAAGAAUUCAAUAAGUCAAUGAGUGCUGUGAGAAUAUCAGUGGAGUGGAUUUUUGGUGACAUUAUAAACUACUUUAAAUUCCUUGAUUUUAAGAAGAAUCUAAAAAUUAGCUUAAGUUCUGUGGGCAAAAUGUAUAUAGUUGCAUCACUGCUUAGAAAUGCUCUAACUUGUCUUCAAUCAAAUAUGACAAGUGAUUUUUUUCAGUUGGAGCCACCCUCUCUUCAAACAUAUUUCUCAUAAUUUUUUUUGUGAAUAUUUCUUGUUUCU